GCCCACCAAACGCGGGAUCCCACCAAAGGCCAACACACAGUAAAAUCUCGUCGCCGCCGUUGGGCUCGUCGCCGUGCGUGGGUGACCGCGAUGGACCCGAACCGCCCUCCGCUUGGGCGCCGCGCCUUCCUCUCCUCUUCCGUCCACGCUGCAACCGCGCUCCUCUCGAUCCUUCUCCUCGUCACGCUCCUCCGCCUCCCCCUCUCCACCUCCCCGCACGCCGCCUCCACCAUCGCCGACCAGAAGCCUAAGGAGCAGACCUGCGAUCCCACCUCCCCGCUCGACUGCGCCGACCCGCGCUUGUUCCAUCUCAUGAUGCGCAGCGCCAUCGAAGCCUUCCCGGCCGUCCAUUUUGCUCGCUUCGGCCGCCCCGUCCCCGGUGACCCCCCAUCCUCCUCUUGCGACAUGGCCUGGCGCUCCCGCUCAGACUUCGACUCCCCCUCUAAGGCUACCACCAAGGACUACCGCCGCUUCGCCAUCGGCCGCGACCCCCACACAUGCGCCUACUCCGUCCUCUCAAUCGGCGAUUACCAUUCCGGCCCCAAUGCCCGCAAGCCCCGCCGCGGCGCCACCAAUGCCACCAUCGCUACUCCACCACCGCCUGCGCUCUCCCGCUCCCAGUUCGCCAAGGGCGCGUACCUCGCUUACCUCGGCGGCGGCGACCGCUGCAAGCCCAUGCCACACUACCUGCGCAGCCUCCUCUGCGCCCUCGCCGAGGCUCGCUACCUAAACCGCACCCUCGUCCUCGAUCUCACACUCUGCCUCGCUGCCUCCUAUGCCGCCCCUGGGACUGGGGAAAUGCCUGAGGAAGGCAAGCGCCUUGCCUUCUACAUCGACGUCGAGCACCUACACUCCCAGGUCCCCAUCAUUGAGGAGAGACAGUUCUGGGCAGACUGGGACAGUUGGGGGGUGCAGGGCCAACUCCGGGCACACCUCAUUGAGGACACCAGGCUUGCACUUAUAAAGUUCUCCAAGGUGAAGGACACCCUCAUCAUCAGAAAAUUCGGAGACGUCGAGCCAGGUAACUACUGGUACAAUGUCUGCGAGGGUGAGGCAAAGCAUUUGCUCAGCCCAUUGCACUGGGUGAUACGCUGGACUCCAAGCUUGAUGCACAUUGUUGAUGAUAUCCUCUCAAGGAUGCAACCAGACUUUGAUUCGGUCCAUAUCGAUGCCAAGGGUGAGGACCUGAGACAGAGGGUCGAGGAAGUUCUUGGUGGAGGGCGGCAGGUGUAUGUUGCAGGGGUUGGGGUCAACAGGGCAUUGCUGGAGUCACUCAAGGAAAAGUGCAUUGUGCAUUAUCUGGAUGAGUUUGAGGACCUGUGGGGGACAGACAGCAAGUGGUUCUUGGAGAUGAAGAGGCUCAAUGGUGGCGUUCCUGUGGAAUUUGAUGGGUACAUGCGUGAUGUUGUUGAUAGAGAGGUCUUCCUCAAGGGGAAGAAGAAGGUGGAGGUGCUCCGGUGAUUUGGUUUUUUCUCUUUGAUUGGUUACAUGCGUGAUGUUGUUGAUAGAGAGGUCUUCCUCAAGGGGAAGAAGAAGGUGGAGGUGCUCCGGUGAUUUGGUUUUUUCUCUCACCUAGAUAACUUGUUGUUUGUUGAUACAUCCUAGAGAAGUUGAACAGCACAAGCAUGCUUUUGCCAAGCUAGUCUUUUAAACCUCACUAUAUCUGAAUUUAGUUCUCAAACUCAUCGGUAGGGGAUUUAUUUUGCUAGCAAUUAUCAUUUCCAUGGAAAUUUGGUAAACCAUCAAUGUAUACCUGGUUUUGUGCUUCUGAUAGCACUGUUCCAUUUAAUUUAUUAGAUUCCUAACACUGGUUGCUGCUCAAUUAUGAUGUAAUAAGGAUUUGUAAUAUUUACUAUGCUAUUUACUUCAUUUCAUAACCUCAA